CGUGGGUGUGGGCGGGGUCAGUGUGAUAGACCUCGGUGCCGGUGUCUCUCCUCCAUCUAGUCAGUGCUAUCAGUGCCCGGCCGGCUGUAAUGUCAGUAGCCGGUGCCCCGCACACCCCCAGCUCAUAACGCCGCCAUGUUUGACCGGGAGAGGGGCUGGAACCUGUCCUUCGCCGGCUGCGGCUUCCUCGGGGUCUAUCAUGUCGGGGUGUCCAGCUGCCUGCAGGAGAGAGCGCCCUACCUCAUCACCGAAGCCAGCAGGAUCUACGGGGCGUCCGCCGGGGCUCUCAACGCGGCUGCCCUGGUGUGUGGGAGCUGCCUGGCUGAGUGCUGUUCGGAUGUGAUGGAAGUGGCCAAGGAGGCCAGAAAAAGGAAUCUGGGACCGUUACACCCAUCCUUCAACCUGGUCAAGAUUCUGAAGAACGGAUUAUAUCGGAACCUCCCAGACAACGCCCAUGAGCUGGCUUCUGGCAAGUUGUGUAUAUCCCUCACCCGGGUCUCUGACGGAGAGAACGUACUGGUAUCAGACUUCAGCUCAAAGGAGGAGCUUAUUCAGGCUUUAGUGUGCAGCGCCUUUGUCCCAGUUUACUGCGGGAUCAUUCCCCCGACUUUCAGAGGGGUGCGUUACGUUGAUGGCGGGAUUAGCAACAACUUGCCUGAGUAUGAGCUGAAGAACACAAUCACCGUCUCUCCUUUCUCCGGGGAAUCCGACAUCUGUCCCAGAGACAACUCCACCAAUUUCCAUGAACUGCGAGUGACCAACACCAGCAUUCAGUUCAGCCUGAGGAACCUCUACCGACUGACGCGUGCCCUCUUCCCCCCUGAGCCUAAAGUUCUGGGAGAAAUGUGCCAGCAAGGAUACAAUGAUGCCCUCAGAUUUCUAAAAGACAACAACCUUUUAAGAGAGCCAUCACCCUCCUCAAAUCUGCUCUUGACAGCACCACAGCCACUCCCCACCACACGCUGCAGCAGCCCACAGUGCACUGUGCCCCCCUACUCCAACAAAGAGGACAAAGAAGCCGAGAAGACGACGCUGGUGAAACGGACACGUUGGCCCCUGGAGAAGAAAAUAAUGGAAAAUCUGCCACCCUUGCUGUACAAAGCCUUGCAAGACGCGUGUAAGGAGAAAGGAGGACUCUACAAUCAGAUAACCAGUCUCCUGCCAAUGCGUUUGGCAUCUUAUAUGGCGUUGCCUUGUACUCUGCCGGUGGAGUCUGCCUAUUCGAUGGCUAUGAGAUUAGUGGACUGGUUCCCUGAUAUUCCAGAUGACGUUCGUUGGAUGCAGGAGCAGAUGUGUUCUGUGGCUGGCGCUGUAUAUUACCAGGCGAGAAAGAGGUUACUCCCAGUAAGGCCACCAGCUCACAGCACCCUAAGGAAGUGUCUCAGCCUCCCAUCUGCGUUCAGUCAUGCUUCCACCUAUCUCUCCCCUAAUACUUAUUCUUCCAUGGACCUUGAAAGCUGGGUGUUUGACUUCUCCAGCCCUGUGACCUCGGAUGUCCAGGAAGCUGAAUUGCACAUGAGAAGACUCGGGUUCCCGUCCUUUCUCAGUCCGGAAGACUCGGGAGUUGAGCUGAACCUCUCCAGGGAAGAUCUGAACUCUUCCUCCUCUUCUUCAUCCUCCUACUCAGAGAUGACUUUCUAGGUUUUACUGGAACUGAAUAAUAGAAAUCUCAAUUGGUGCUUGAAUCUCAGGAAUGAAAAAAAUAACAAGCUAGCAAGCCUAGGAAUGUAAUUGGGAGUGCGCUGUGACCAAACUACCAUGGCCUGUAUACUAUGGAGUGACACUUACAGCAUUUGCGUCUUGUGGAUAAGUAGGAACCUUAAUAGUCCUCUUCCUGGUCUGACUGUACCAUAAAAUGCUUUACAUCUGGACUGUUCUAUAGGCAAUUAUUGGCACGUGGCCUGAAGCCCGUCAGCCUAUCUGCGGCCAUAGAGUACUGGGAGCCAUAAUAGUAUUGUAUACAUUCCUUGUGUUUACCUAGACGCUGUAAAGUGGUCACGUUUUGAGAUUAGAACAAUGAGCUUUAAUUCCUUCUAAUUACAAUAUACUACAGAUUUUUUUUUUUUUUACAAAACUAAAAAAAAAAAUGUUUUUCUUCCCCCCACGUUGAAUCAGGAACCUGGUUAAAACUAAAAAAACAACCCUCUGAGUACAGGUCUGGCCAGGUGGGGUGAUCAUAUUUAUUUUUUUAUGUUAUUUACUUUUGUCCCCAUAACCAGCAGUGAUAUUAAACUCUAUGUAAAUAAUAAAAAGAUAAUUUUAGUAAUCAAAAUAAUAAAAAAUAAUAAAAAUAAAGUAUGAUAUAUAUUUUAAAUGAGCCAACAAUGUUGCACUUUGAUCUGUUGAACAACUUUUCCUCUACAACUAGUAGCGCCGUCUUCACUCGGAGGGUAAUGUAAUGGAAAAGGCUAUUCAUUUGUUUGGGCAAACUGGAUUUUAGUAUCCGCAUUUGUUUUGUUUUUGUGGGCUGUUAAAGAGAAUGUAUUUAAUAGGAGGUGCGGACUCUAUUAGCACGAAGCGGACAAAAGUUUACGUCCUGAAAUAUGGGGAAGAAAUAUCCGUACUUGAUGGGUUUUUCACCUUUUUCUUGGUCUUGAAAAUGCCAAAUGGCGAAGAAGGAAGCCCAAGAAGUGUGAUUGUAGGAUAUUUUUUUUGUUUUU